ACAUAUAAAACCCUCUCCCCAAACCCAACAGUCAGUCACUCAGUGACACACAAACACAAGCAGGUGGUGGGCAACCCGAGCUCUCUCUCUCUCUACCCACAUAAACCCUUCACUUUCCCACCUCGUUUUUGGCUCAGCACUAAACCCCAGCGGUUGGCUUGGUUCGUCUACUCUCGAUUUUGGUCGGUGAUGUGUUGUUGUUGGUGGUGUUUGAGCAAUUGGCUGCAUGCGUUAUUUGCUUUUUGCUGGUUUCAGCUAACUGGGUGGCGCUCAUAAUUACUGCAACAUUGCUACGUGGCCGGCUCUCGGUUUCGAAACGAUUUCGGUGUGUUUUGCCUUCUGAUUACUAGUUCAGGAUAAAGAAAAUGGUUAAUAGUGGUGGUACUGGCAGCAACCAAGGGAUGCCGUUAGAGAAGACUAAACCAGUAGCUGUUUGUUCUAUAAAGAAAAAGCUAGCUGAAGCUGCUGUAGUGAGUAUAAGUAACCAUUUGAGUGAAGCACCUCCGGAGAUAUCUAGAAAACGGAGUGAACCUGAGCCCGUAGAGGCUACGGUGGUUCAGCCUAAGGAGGAAGUGGAAACGGGAGCCGUUGAAGAUGGUAGAGAUUGGGAUGAUCCCAUUGCAUGCCAGCUUGAAGAACUAUUGUUGUCUUAUUUGCAAGCAAUUUUCCAGAGUGCAAUCAAGCGGAUUACUGAAUGUGGGUACAGUGAGGAGGUUGCUGUGAAGGCUGUUUCUAGAGGCGGCCUUUACGUAGGCGGUAAAGACUCUGUAUUGAACAUUGUAAAUGAUACUCUGGAAUUUCUCAAGGGAGGGAAGGAUACUGAUGUUUCAAGAGAAAAUGAGUUUGAUAAUUUGCAGCACGUGGUGGAGUACACAAUGCUAGAAAUGAUCAGUGUGCUUAGGGAGGUCAGGCCAUCCUUAUCAGUUGCAGAAGCAAUGUGGUGGUUACUGAUAUGUGACCUAAACAUUUUGCUAGCCUGUACAAUGGAAGGAGAUCUAUCAAGUGUUCUUGCUUUUGAUGAAGCCUCAAGCGAAAGCUCCUCUGAUUCUUCCUCUUCCCAGUUAAAAUCAGAGGCAAAUACGGAAAUGAACAUUCCAAAUCCUAGCAAUGCAAAUUCCUCAAAGCCGUCACUUCCCAACUCUCAAAACCAUCGUUCUCUCUCUGAAACACUCAAAUUUGGAAGUUUCCCAAACUCUGCUAACCCUGAAACGGCAGAAGGCAAGGAAGAGAGUUUGUCAUCUAUGCUAGAUAGUUUGGAGAAAUGUUUGGGCUCCACAAAGGAUUAUGUCCUAUCUUCAUCUCAGACAUCUACCUCUGAAGAAAAAUCAGGAGCUGUUCGAAAGGGGCGGACCAAGGCAGAAUUAGCAGCACUUCGGAAGAGGUCCUUCCAGAUGGAGAGAAAUUACAGGGCUUAUAGGUCAAAAGGAGGCUUCAAAUCGGGGAAGCUCGCUGCAUUUGGUAGUUUUGUUAUGGAAAAGAGGCCAAAGCCUCCAUCUGAUCUUCCUGGAGUUCGCACAAAAGAUUCCUCAUCAAAGGUAACUGGUUCAUCUGCAAGAGGUUGCUCGUCAACAGUACCUUCAAAAGGUACCACAUCUUCAUUGCCUUCUGUGGAUACCAAGCAGAAACAGAAGUCUGAUUCAGAAGAAAAAUCUGACACUAAGACUCCAGUCAGCACCUCUGUUCCACCCAAGACUAUUGAUUACUGUGCUGGCAUCCCAUAUAAUAAGUCUCUAGGGAAGUAUGUCCCACAAGAUAAGAAGGAUGAGCUGAUUUUGAAGCUAGUUUCCCGGCUGCAGAAGCUGCAGGAUGAGCUACAAAGUUGGACAGAGUGGGCCAAUGAGAAGGUUAUGCAGGUUUCUCGUAGACUUGGUAAAGAACGACCUGAACUUAAAGCACUGAGGCAAGAGAAGGAAGAAGCGGGGAAAUUUGAAAAGGAGAAACAAGUGGUGGAAGAGAAUACCAUGAAGAGGCUGUUUGAGAUGGAGCAUGCAUUGAAUAAUGCAUCCAGCCAGGUUGAGAGUGCUAACUCAACUAUCUCUAGGCUUCAGGUGAACAAUUCCACUCUCAAGAAGCAGUUGAGUUCUGCGAAAAUAAUGGCUAUAGAAUCAGCUGCUAAUCUCCAGGAAGCAUUAGAGAGGGAGAAUAAAGCACUGAAAAAGGUCCAGGCAUGGGAGGGGCAGAAGGGAUCAUUGCAGGAGGAGCUUGAAACAAAAAAGAACAAGGUGGCUGCACUUCAACAGGAUUUAGGCAAGGCAAAAAAUGCUCUUCAUCAAAUUGAGGCCAGAUGGAAACGGGAGAUAAUGGAAAAGGAAACAAUACUCGCACAGGCUGACUCUAUGAGAAAUGAAAGAGAACAGCGUGAAGCUUUAACACAAGUGGAGGAGGCCAAGAUCAAACACAAGGCUGAAGAUGACAUGCAGAAGUAUGUGGAAGAGAUCAAAUUACUUGAGAGCAAGUUAUCUGAACUUCAAACAAAAUCUGACUCCUCAAGAAUAGCAGCGCUAAGAAGGGAUGCUGCUGGAAGCUUUGGGGCUUGCCUGUCAGACAGAAAAAAUGUGAAGCCUACUAAGGGAAGCCAAAGUUCUACCAGCUUCAAGAAGUUAACAAAUUCCCGGGACCAUUUGGGGACUGAAAGUUUGAGACAGGACCGCGAGUGCGUGAUGUGCCUAUCUGAGGAGAUGUCAGUGGUUUUCCUCCCGUGCGCGCAUCAGGUUGUCUGUGCAAAAUGCAAUGAGCUGCAUCUGAAACAAGGAAUGAAGGACUGCCCUUCAUGUAGGGCUUUAAUUCAGCGAAGGAUCAAAGUGCAAUAUGCUCGUCCAUAGUGUGUAAACCACACUCAGAAUAGGAACUGGUUAGUCUGGGCAACUACUGAAGUAACCAAUGAAGUUUAGCUAAACUCAUUUUCCUAGAUGGAUUUUGUUUUUUCUUUUGUUUUCUGGGUCUUACAGUUCAUACAGGCGGAUCAGUCCCAGAAAGAAUUAGACACAGUUAGUGGAGAUCAUAGUUUAUUGUAAAGUGUAAGCGACUUUUUACAUAGAUGAAACUCGCGUUUCGGAUAAUCCCUU